CCGAAACAAUCCCUACAAACCUGAUAGUCCCCUCCAAGCCAGGCACUCUCCCCCCUCGCAAACAUCACCUUCAAUGUCAGACAAUGGAUAAAUUUCACCCUUCACUUCGCGAAUGUGCUAUCGCCGCAACGGCUUUUAAGCUCCUACUCUUUCCCGCAUAUAAGUCUACGGAUUUCGAAGUUCACAGGAAUUGGCUAGCGAUUACCCAUUCGUUGCCAGUGAAGGAGUGGUACUAUGAGAAAACCUCAGAGUGGACAUUAGACUAUCCACCUUUUUUCGCAGUAUUCGAAUGGAUACUCGGUCAGGUUGCUCGAUUCUUUGAUCCGGCAAUGCUGGAUGUGAGGAAUUUAGGAUAUGAUUCCGUUCAGACAGUAUACUUUCAACGAUCGUCCGUAAUGUUUACGGAAUUAUUGCUUCUUUAUGCACUACAAAAGCACCUCCCCCUUUGCCCUCUCAAAUUCGACCCCGAAUCCUCUAAGCGCCCCGCCCAUGCUGUAGCUCUAUCCAUAUUCCUCUCACCCGGCUUCUUAAUAGUUGACCACAUUCACUUCCAAUACAAUGGCUUCCUAUAUGGGGUCUUAAUCCUCAGCAUAACCCUCGCCCGGUCACCCUCUACCCGCUUAUACUCUGGCUUUCUCUUCGCUCUAGGUGUAGGAAUCGUAGGAAUCAUUGCCGCGGCGUUCGGACCAUUCCUGUAUUGGGGGCAGAUACCACAGCUACUAUCCCGAUUAUUCCCGUUCAGUAGAGGUCUUUGCCACGCAUACUGGGCGCCAAACAUCUGGGCGAUAUACUCCUUCAUAGACAGAGUUCUAAUAAUAGUCGCCCCCCGUCUCGACCUCCCCAUAAACCAGGAAGCCCUUACCAGCGUAACCCGCGGCCUCGUCGGCGACACCACCUUCGCCGUCCUACCAGAGAUCACACCCAGAACGACCUUCCUCUUAACUCUAUUCUUCCAAAUCCUCUCCCUCAUAAAACUCUGGACAAAUCCCACCUACGAAACCUUCCUCGGUGCCAUAACCCUCUGUGGCUAUGCCUCUUUCCUUUUUGGCUGGCACGUACACGAGAAGGCCAUCCUCCUCGUGGUGAUCCCCUUUUCCCUCCUCGCCCUAAAGGACCGCCGCUACCUCGGUGCAUUUAGACCACUAGCCGUAGCUGGCCACGUCUCCCUUUUCCCCCUACUCUUUACUGCACCCGAGUUCCUGAUCAAGACAGUGUAUACAAUUUCCUGGCUCGUGGUCUUCCUCACUGCCUUCGACGCCCUCGUAUCUCCCGUUGCGGUCAACACUAGGAGGUUCUUGCUGGAUAGGUUCACGAUGGUUUUCAUAAUUGUCGCAAUUCCAUUGAUUGCCUACACUAGCCUUGCUCAUAAGGUUUUGUUUGGGGACCGGUACGAGUUCUUGCCCUUGAUGUUUAAUAGUUCCUAUUCUGCGGUUGGGGUCGUGGGGAGUUGGGUUGGGUUUUGCUGGCUGUUCUUUAGUGCUUGA